CCCGGCCCGGGCGCCAUGGCGACAGCCUUCAGCAGCGCCGCGGAGGCCGCGCUCCGCCGGGAGGUGGCACCGGCACCCGCGGCGCGACGGGAUCUCGGCGGCUUCUACGAGAUGGGCCGGGCCGCCGCCUUCGUGCGGGCAGGCGGGUUCCGCAAGGUCGCCCUCCAGUUCCCCGACGAGCUCCUGGCGGACGCGGCGGCAGUGGCGGCCGAGAUGGAGGCGGCGACCGGCGCCGAGAUGUACGUGCUGGGCGACACCACGUACGGCAGCUGCUGUGUGGAUGAAGUGGCCGCCGAGCACGUGGGUGCGGAGGCCGUGCUGCACUACGGCCCGGCCUGCCUCAGCCCCUGCGGGAAGCUGCCGGUGCUGCACGUCUUCGGGCAGCAGCCGCUGGACGUCGGGCGUUGUGCAGAGGCCUUCCGGGACCUUUACCCCGACCGGCAGAGCCGCGUGGUGGUGCUAAGCGACGUGGUCUAUGCCCAUGCCAUGGGCGAGCUGGAGCAGCAGUUGUGCCCGGAGUACCCUCGUGUCACUUUCUCCAGGGUGCUGUGCGGGGACGCCCCCGGGCCCGUGCUGCCGGGGGAGGUGCGGCAAUUUGGCCGCCAGUUCUUACUGGAGACUGAGGAGGCGCUGCAGGACUGUGCCAUGUUCUACGUGGGAACCGAGGGCUUGGCCCUCACGGCCUUCAUGCUCACCUGGAACCGCUGCCCCUUCAGCUCCUUCGACCCCAGCACCGCCUGUGGCCGCCACGAGACCCUGAACGUCAACCGUGCCCUGCUGCGCCGCCUGUACCUGGUGGAGCGGGCGCGGGACGCCCGUGUGGUGGGCAUCCUGGUGGGCACGCUGGCCGUGGCAGGCUACCUGACCCUGCUGCAGCGCCUCCGAGAGCUGGUGCGCCGGGCUGGCAAGCGCAGCUACACGCUGGCCGUGGGCAAGCCCAACCCCGCCAAGCUGGCCAACUUCCCGGAGGUGGACAUCUUCGUCCUGGUGGCCUGUGCUCACAACUCCCUGCUGGACUCCAGCGACUUCUACCGGCCCGUCGUGACUCCCUAUGAGCUGGAGCUGGCCUGCAACCCGGCCCGUCAGUGGACAGGGAGCUACCUCACUGACUUCCGAGACCUGCUGCCAGGUGCCUGCGCGCACGUUGAGCUCCCACCCGCCGUCCCCGCAGCAGAGGCCGUUCCUGACGUCUCGCUGAUCACGGGGGGGAUGCGCAGUGCUGCCCUCUGCCGCCCUCCAGCCCCGUCGCUGCCGCCCAGCACUGCCCUGGCCCGCAGGGACCAGAGCCAGACCUUGGCAGAGAUCAGCCCUGCUGCCUCCUUCCUCGAGUCCCGCAGCUGGCGGGGCCUGGAGCAGCAGCUGGGGCAGACGCCUGUCUCCAAGGCCGUGCAGGGCAGACGAGGGAUUGCCAUUGCCUACGAGGAGGAAGGGUGUGAGCAGCCCUGAUGCAGCAGCCCUGGGCACCCAGCCAGGAGCAGGGCCACAGCCUGUUGGGCUCGUUAGGGGCUCAAGAGGGACCAGACCUGCCGCCAUCUGUCCAUGCCCUGGAUGUGGCUCUGAAUCAGUGGUGCUGUGGUGGGGAGCAGGAGCUGCAUGUGUGUGUGUGGGGAUGCCCACGGCACCCCAGGGUUCACGGGCUGGGCAGCAGCAGGGCCGAGACAGGCGCUGGGCCCAGACCCAGCCUCAAUGGGCUCCCCAGCCUGGGGCCGCUUUGGCCCUACACAGAGAGGUCACAGGUUUGCACCAGUUGCCAGUGCUGGGACUUGAGGCUUUCGUGGGCUGCUGCUGCUGCUAACUAAAGCUGAACUGAAAAGGA